AUGAGAGUAGAUGUGGAUGCGUCUCUAAAUCAUCAAAAUAAUGCAGCUUGUGGCUGGCUCCCUCGAAAUUCUGAAGGUCAAUGGCUACAAGGGUUUGUGUGGAAUCUGGGGAAUUUACCAAUUGCAAUAGCUGAAGUUCAUGCCAUUAAUUGUGGACUACAACUCUAUUCAAGCCUCAACUUUGAUGAAGCUAGGAUAUAUUCAGACUCUUUAGAUGCAAUAAAUCUCAUUUACAGAGGUGUACAUAGUGAUCAUCCUUUUGCUGAUGCUAUUUCAAGAGUCCAAAAGACCACAUGUGCCCCCAGAGACAACAAGAUUCUGCAUAUUUCUCGGGAUGCAAACUCAUGUGCUGAUUUCUUGGCUAGAAUGGCUCAAGGCUAUGGUAGUGAUUUUACUCUACUAAUUGAUGCUCCACCUAGUUAUGACAGCCUUAUUUUGCUUGACGAAAAUGGGGUUAAUCCCCAUAUGAAUUAG